AUGGCGUCCUUGCCACCGCAGAGGUCGGUGUCACUCGCGCAAUCCAUGAACGAAGCUACUUUGGACGGCACAACUACAUGGGAAGAAGCCAUUGGCAUCACCGAUGGUAUGAAAAUCAUGACUUUGGACAAGCCGUUGGUAGUGAAUAAGCCCAUUGGUGCCAUCAAGAUCGGGGACCUGCCUGCAAAAGACGAGAUCGUGGACAGUAUGAACAAAAAGGUGCAGUUUUUGGAAGUUUUGAUGGACUACGAGGGUGACCUAGACCUCAAAAUCAUCGAAACUCUCUUCAAGCAGCAGAGGUACAGCGAUCUCCCUGAGCCAAUCAAGAUGAAAGGUAACAAUCUCCAUCCCUACACCAUGCAAUUGUUCUUGCUGCCAAAAGGGGCGAACAAAUGGGAUAUUGUGAAGCAUGUCAGGUUCGCCGACGGCACCAGGAUGAUGAGUUCAACCAUUAAAACGAUGUGCACGGGGAGGCCUUUGGAGAUUAACUACCAGAAGAAUUUCCGUGAAGGUUCUCGUGCCUUACAAUAUCUAUUGGAAGGCUUGGGUGGGUUUCAGGUUCGGUACCACCAACUCGUCCCUGGGAAUGCAAGCACCAAGCCGGUGAAGGAAACGGAAGACAUCCGCAAAGGCUUCACCUUCCUGAAGGAGCACGGGCCGCAGGAAAAUUCCAACGGCGAGUUCACAUCUUGGACGGAGGAGCAAGUCAAUGAUCCAAACGGACCGUUGUUUCGGUGGGACAGGGGCACUAUCAAAGAAUAUCUUCGUUGUUUGGCGGACAAAGGGUCGCAAGCGAAAACUAUCGCAGACUGGCCGCUCACUCUCGUAGACUUCACUCCGUGGGCCAUCAACCUAGUCAUCGCACCGGUCUUGCCUUAUGUCAUCGAGAGCGGUGUCAUCUGGAUUGGUAAAUCCUAUGUUGGCAAAAGCCCGCUGUCCUACACACUCGCAAAGGUUCUUUCCGCUUAUUGGCUGCUCCAAGAGGGUCGUGACGACCAGGGGCCUACAUUCCAGACGGCAAAUCAUCUAGACUACUUCCGGAAGGAGAUGGGGCGUCGGACAAAGCCGCGCGUCUACGACGAUGGCAACCUUCCAACAGAGCUCCCUGCAUCGGUGAAAGCUAUUUUGGAAGUGUCGGGUGUGGAUCGCAAGACCAUGGCGCGAUACAAUGCGUCAUCGUAUGAAAAGAAUCAGUUUUGUCAGGUGUGCUCGAACCCCUACGACCACCAAGCCGCCAAGCCCAUGGACAAGAAUGUAUCUUCUGAUCAGGUUGACUUCAAGACCUUCUACGACUUGGUGCGUCCUUCAUUUCACAAAGACUUCAAUGAUGAAGAUCUGAUUGCCGUUUUCAAGCGGUCUGCCAUCGUCGUGUUCACAGACAUGGGCAUCUAUGUUCGUCCUCCAGGCACACAGCAAGCACCAGUCAAACGGCAUGCUUGGCCUUCCGAUGACCUCGGCAUGGUGUCGCCGUGCGCCAGGCCAAUCUUCGACGCCUACAAGAAGGGUAAUCUCUCCAAGCUGCCGCCCAACCACAGCGUCAACUUACAAUGGUCGCUCAACUUGUUGCAAGCCGCCCUCGACGGUGAAGCGGUUGGCCGGUGUUACACAGUUAUGCAAAAGGACUUCUCUGGUAAAAAAGUUGUGCGUGAGUGCCGUCCUGAGCUCGCCAACAUCGACGCCACGACCGUCUUCUAUCCCGACCUCUGCCAAGAUGCUCCAGCUAGCCUCCCUGCCAAGCGCCUCAAAUCUGUGCGGUCUUCCAAUGCUCUGCUCACCAACGAGACCAGUCAUGACGAGCACCACCAUGACGAAGAUAAACCGAAGCAGGAAUCUCAUGCAGUAGACCUCAAUCCCCAGAUGUCUGCUCCAAGCGUCUUCAUCUCCGUGGCCUUCUCCGAAAUCGAAGGUCCCAUCGCCAAAGACAUCUGCAACUUCUGCCGAUCCGCUCCCGGCAGUGAGAUGGACAUUGCGUCGCCUAUCCGCGAUCCUAUGGAUGAUCUAUCACAAGAGCUCGACGCUUUGGUCGCGGAGGAACUCGCGAAGGACGACCACCAGUGA